AUGUUAGUCAAGCAAGUGUUUCAGGUUAAGGAGCCAGUAGCCCAACAACUGGUCUCUGCUUGCACUUUUAAGCAAUUCCCCUCCAGUGGAGGAAGCUUCUUUGUGCGAUCAAAUUUUCUUAAUCCAACCAAAAUUGGCUCACGGGGAGACUUUGAAAUCAUUAGAGAUUUAAAGGAUAGUAGACACUUGACGUUUACAGUGUUAGUUACCUCGAGAGGAAUAAUCCAGCAGCAGAAAGCAGUGCAUUUGGAAGAAGGGUCGAUUGGGAGGUUUCAAGUUUCGAUCACUUCAGAUCUCGCUGGCAAAUUCUGCGUUCUUGCCUACUACGUAGAAGACAACAACGAAGUCGUGGCGGAUGCAACGUGUGUGGAAAUAGAGAAAUCGUUUAAGAACGACAUUAAACUAUCAGGAGUGAAUGACAGGAGUAUCAUUCUGCCUUCCGAUUCUUUUGACUUGAAGGUAGCAGCUGCUCGACGCUCUGAUAUUGCAUUACUCGCAGUGGAUAAGCGUCUGUACAUACUCAACAAUGAGAACAAGUUGUCGCGAGAAGACGUAUUUGAUGAGCUGAGUACUUACGACAAGUCUUGCGGGUACACAUCAGUUGACAGCAAGGGUGUCUUUGAUGCGGUAGGAUUGACGAGUAUUAGUGGCACUAUCCUACAACCUAUCGUCAGGGAAAGUGAGUUAUGCCAUUCACGUAGCAAGAGAGGCUUGGAAAAAGGCGACGGCAAAUUAGAUUUGUCGAGUCGUUAUGUACGCUCUGCCGUUCUACCCGAAUUUAGAGAUGUGUUGCACGGAGAAUCUUUAAGGUUUAUUUCUACCCGUUCAUACUUUCCUGAGACGUGGCUGUGGGACAAAAACUUAACAACGGGUGACCUUAAAGAGAUGACACUUCCUCUAAACGCUCCAGAUUCAAUAACAAAGUGGGUCGUUCAAGCUAUUGGUGUAUCAGACGAUUACGGGUUUGGCGUUGCGGAACCAGUUUUGUUCAAAGUGUUUAAACCUAUUUUUGUGAAAUGUCACAUUCCGUAUGCUUUCACACGUUGGGAACAGUCUUCUCUGUCGUGUACAAUAUACAACUACAACCCUGUUGAUGUACCAAGUUGUAUUUCGAUGUUGAAGUCACGUUUUUCGACUUGCACGACUACUGCUAGCGGCAGGGUUUUGGAGACCUACCGUCAUUGCGUCAAUAUACAAGAACAAAGCACGGCAUUAGUCAAAUUUCCCAUUAAGCCUUGUUGGGCUGGUCAACAGAAACUCACAAUACGAUUGCGUACCUUCUUUGAAAUAGAAGACUCUAUCUAUGACAUCAACAUUAGACCUAAUGAAGUUUCUAGGGAAGUCGAACUUAGUACAAUGCUAGCUUUUCAAGAUGGAUGUCCCAAGCUCGGAGCAAUUGACAACAAGCUGUGUAACGCUUGUCAUCAUCACGACUUUGUCUACCGAGUUCGCGUGGUUGAGAAGGUUCUCACCAACGAAUCGUUGAAGUACAAAGUCAUCAUUGUAGAUAUCUUGAAACCAGGACCAUUAUCCUUGACAGUUGGCGAUAAAAAGGAUCUUUGGCUCCCCUCUAUUUGCUAUCUAGACAUCCAGUUAGAAGUAGGCAGGGAAUAUCAUGUCCAGGGAGGAGUCGGCAGCAUUAAAAUCGUUUUAAAUCACAACUCUUAUGUCGAGCCGUGGCCUGAAACGACGGGCACUGAAUGCAAAGCCAAAGUGACAAGAGAAUGUAUCAAGCGCCCAUGUUUCAAAUUCAAGGGAAAGAAUAUCCGUGAACGUUGCCAAAAUUUCCGUAAAGGCAAGUGCUCAAAAGUUAUUCGUGAACAGUGUAAGGACAAGCUUGAAUUUGAUGAGUACAUUCUUAAAAUAAAAAGGGGUGCAAUAUGCGAAAUGCAAAAUUUAUGUGACUAGAAUGAGUGCGAAGAGAGACUUGCUUAGACUAUUGCUGGUCUGUUUUUGUUAAUUGCGUUUGUUGUAUGAAAUAGUAAACAAUAAUUUGUUUACAAAAUUUGUGGUGUACAAAACUUCUGUUUGUUGAA